AUGUUGAAUAAUCCACAAUUACGUUUUCGUACGGUAUUACUUAAUAUAUUAGAUCGUCUUAGUGUUAAUGAAAGAAAGAAACUUUCAUUUCUGCUAGCUGAUGAUAUCGAACGAACAAUACAAGAUGAUCCAACAAUUGGUGGAACAUUGAAUAUAUUUCAACAAUUAUUUGAUCGAGAUAAAAUUUCUAAUGAAAAUUUUUCUUAUCUAAUUGAAGCAUUUCAAGCAAUAAAAUGUUAUAAAGCAGCGACAAGUCUAACGAAAUUUCAAAAAGAUUUGUUAAAAAAUCAAUCACAGUUAAAUAUUGAGAAUAAUAACCGUACAUUGACUACUCAUAAACAUAUUGUUUCUUCAGAUAUAUUGGAAGAAUGUUUAAAAGAUCUUGAGGAAGAUACAGUUAGUCCAACAUAUAUUACACAAACAAAUGGUAAUCAAACAAAUAAUAAUCAUACAAUUUUAACAGUAUUAAAUCCAAUCAAUGAUUUACAAAAUCAACGUUUAUUAAUUGAUGAGACGAUUCAAAAUCAUAAUAAAGUUUCUCGCAAUAGAAAAAAACGUAUCAUUCUUAUGAUUGUAUUGACAGUUCUCGUUGUGUUAAUUCUAGCAUCAAUUAUUAUUCUAUUAUUCUAUCAUCGAACGUCUUCUCUAGAAAACAAUACUGUAACUACACCUUCGACUCUAUCAAAAUUUUCCACUGAAUCUUUCUGGAAAAAGAAUAGUAGUUCAACGAACGAUCCAAUCGAUGAUGAACGAUGUCGACUUCCUUUGGGUAAUUCGUGUACUGAUGCUACACCUGGUGACAAAAAAGCAGCUGGUUUAGGUGUCUAUUAUGAAUAUCCUUGUAGUGGUGUUGGAUGUAAUUUUAAUGGUGUUAUGUGUCGUAUAUGUGCAAAACAUCCUUCACAAAUUGGUCGUCCAUAUCCGAAAUGUCCAGAAUGUGUUCCUGAUAUUGAAGUUUUAUAA